AUGAUACGAACAGCUGCUGCGAUGCGCUCGGAACGAAGAUACUAUCCCAGUUCAGACAGAGGUGUUAUGGAAACCGUUUGUCCGAGAGAAAGCGUGACCACCACAAUCGCUGCAGAAAACCAAGUUCCAUUGUAUCGCUAUGUGCACAUGAAUGAUGAACAAAACACUCAGAUUUUUACAUUUUUGUUAUUACCUCAUUUACUGUGUGGUCUUCUGGAUGAAGUCGAAUCGUCCCCGUUUGUUUAUGCUGAGCAUUUGUGGACUGUGCGGUUCCAACGCGGUGAUACACAUUUCGGUGUGUUUUUGGAACUGAAAUCCGUGAGUACUGUACCGGAUGAGGAUCGACUUGGUCGGCACACGAAGCAUCAUUCGAGUGAGCAAAUACAGAGUUCAACAGUUUCUGUGGAUUUCCAGUUCAUAUUGAAAAAUCGGGAACACUUCUCUCGAAACGAAAGUUUUGGUCGCAAAGCAAGUGUGUUUUAUCGAGGACAACCCCGACAUGGCCGGAAAAAGUUCCUCGAGCUAGCCACCUUGUCGUCUAAACGUUACAUUUAUGACGACGGAAGAUGUAUCAUUGAGUUGGAAAUGAAAAAUCCGGAUGUGUUUUAUAAUUUGUGGUUUGAUUUAUGCCCAGAUCCAACAGUCUCAACUCAUUUUGACCGAUCAAUGCCUCGUAGCAAUUCUGUGAUAAAUUUGAUGCGUCUCGAUGGUUCCCUGGUCUCAGUCGGCAGAUUCAUGCAUUUUGAAAGUGAACGGUUUCUUUAUGCCGAAUCUCAGUGGUAUCUUACUUUAGAUUUAGAAACAAAUCAAAGUAAUUCGGGCGAUUGUAAUGGACAACCUCAACGUAUUGCGUUACCUACACACGAAUCAGAUAUUGUGGUACGUGCAGAGCUAAGCUUGGUACGUGAAUUAACCAAAGUCCCCGAGAACAGCUAUCGGACCAGCACAAGCUCGAAACGACUCCAUUCUGUCUCAAGCCGAGUAAAAUGUAUUGCCACUCUCCCCGGCGGUUGUCUAACAAAAGUGAUGGAGUUCAGCAUCGGUAGUCAGGGCUGGCCAACCCAAGCCUACCGAGUGCUCUUUCGGAACAGAUCGAAGGAGGAAACGGAUCACAAAUCAACUCAGGUAUCCCAAAGUCAUCAUGUUACUUCCACCUGUACGGAUAAAAGCAUCGGUCUGAAAUCGGCACCCGACUGUCAGUUUGCUGGUUCAGGCUCCCCCAUUGCAUUGCUGUUAGCUUGCGCCUCAUCCCCAAUUAGCGUAAAACUACAAAUGACGUCUUUCACAAACCUCGCCUUCGUGGAAGUCCCCCUUGGUCAAGCAACCGCGGGAGCAGUGCCGUCUUAUUUGACCGAUCCAUUUAAACUACCCUGGCGUGUACAAACUUCGGAUUCGGGCAAAUUGCUCCGAAUCAAAUUUCAGUCAGUCGCUGUAAUGAAUCGCUGGGAGAACGGUGGUCCGACUCGGUGUACAACCAACUCAGUCACAUUACCCUAUCCUCUGAUUAUGCCGAACGCAGUAUACAUGAUCGGGUGCCGUAUUCGCAUUCAUCCGCUUUCUCCGCAGUUGCAUGCCCAUGUGUUACCUGUGGGACCGGAACUAGUAAAUUUGAUGCGUUUCACAUCGGGGUCAAGAUCAUCGGGACUGCCGACUGAGAAUGAUUGGGACUUGCCAGGGAACGCGAAUCCAGUAGCAAACAUGAUUGAGAGUGGAUUUUCUCCGACAGGUGUGAAAAUGAACGAAUAUGAUUCGAAUGUUUUUACCUCACCAGUCAUACCAAGACGAAAUCAGUGGGCCGCAGUGGAGUCGGAGGAUCUGUGUGAAGUGGCAAUGAAUGUCACCGUGGCCGAAGCCAGCGACAAGAACACGGGAUUGCUAAAUCCAAUGAACGGAACCAUUCUGAUUGAAAUCGAGUGGGUCUAUCAUCAUCUGAUAUUUAUUGAUCGACUCCAUUCAGCAGACUUGAUCAGUGCGCGUCAGUACCAUCAGAUGAGACACGAAUUGAAUAGAUUACGGAGAGAACGAGAUGAACUGGAACGCCAGUUGAUGAUCAAAGAAAUGGGUCUCGUUCAAAUUGAUUCCACGAGCUGUCAGGGUCCAAUGAGUAUGCUGCCCAUUGAAUCUGUAUCAACGUUCAAAACGUCUGAGGAAGAGGAUCGCAGCAUCGUACAACAACGCACCUCAGUUUACAAAGCGAGCACUGUCCCCAGCGGGGAAAGACCGGUUUCCCUUGAAACUCGAGCUCCGAAAACGCAGUCCUACAUUGUUCCUUCCGAGUACCGUGAACCAAGAAGAAUUUCCAGAUCUGCCUAUCGAGACAGUUAUGGGAGUAGGCUGGAUUCUAUCGGACGUUCAGAGUUUGGACGACAAGAUGAUUCGGGAGGUCUGGGACGUGGUCAGUCCAGAUAUUCGUUUGAUAACAAUGCCAAUCUGGAAGAUCAAAUAGCCAUGGACAAUUGUUCAGUGGGAAGGAGUUCAGUGAACUCAGAUUUCGCAAUUUCUAGAUCCGGAUGA